GCGUCACCGAACAAGCAGUCUCGCUACACUAUGGUGCGGUAGCGCAUACGUGUGUCCCGCUCCAGGCACAUGUACAUCGGCGCCACCCGUCGCGAGUUCUCGCGUCAAGGGGCCUUUUUUCGCCGCGUUUUUCGUCGCUCCCGAGUCGCGCAGUAUCGCUCGCGACUCGCCCUUGAUAGCAGAUUCCGCCUGCUCGCGUGAAAGAAUUCCGUGAGCGAGACAGAGAGAGAGAGAGAGAGAGAGAAAGGGAGAGGACAAGAGAGGUAGAACCGCGUGUGCGUAGAUCAUAAACGACAAGUUCUCCGGCAAUGGCGACGACGCAGCUGGGUCUGGCGCCGAAGACCAUCAAGUACUUGAUGUUCGCUUUCAACCUGUUCUUCGUGAUUACAGGAAUAGUGUUGCUAUCGAUCGGCCUGGUCAUCCACGGAGUGUACCAUCAGUAUCAACAUUUCCUUGACAACAGCUUCUUCUCCGUGCCUUCUCUUCUCGUAGCCGUGGGCUCCAUCAUUUUUAUCAUCGCUUUCUUCGGAUGCUGCGGAGCCGUUCGCGAGAGCUAUUGCAUGAUUAUAACGUUCUGUACGCUGCUGGCUGCGAUUUUCCUCCUGGAGAUCAUAGGCGGUACAAUGGGGUACGUGAUGAGGGCGCAGGUUGCGGAGGUCGCCAAGGACAAGAUGCACAACACGAUGCUCGAGUACAACAACAGCACGGAGAUCCAGUUCGUCUGGGACAAACUACAAAGAAACUUUGACUGCUGCGGCAUGUUCAAUGCCUCCGAUUGGAUAGAGUCUCUGUCGGGUAUUCCGAUGUCGUGCUGCGACGAUACGGUAGGUGCUAUCGGCACGUCGAACUGCACCCUGACGCCUGAACCCUCGCCAAGUCUGCACAAGAUAGGUUGCGUGGAAGCGUUCACGAAAUUCGCGGAGAAACAUGCGGCCAAGAUAGCGGGUGUCGGAAUAGGCCUUGGCGUAAUUCAGCUGGUAGGAAUCUUCCUGUCGUCCUACUUGGCCAAAUCGAUCAGGAAUUGUUACCAGACCAUGUAGAGUGCCAAUGCGAACAUCAAACACGUCUCAAGCAGCAUUAUAGUCCUAGCAGUCAAGCAGGAUUUCCAUUAGGAUACGGGACUGCGUGAAUCUGAUACUUGAUCUGAUAUACUGUACUCUCUAAAAGUCAAUCAGCGCAUUAUCACUGAAAACAGUUAUAAGUAUAGCACUGAAUAAUUC